AUGAGCUUCAGGGCUCCCCGGAAAGGCGAAAACUAUGAGCUCAGCGUCGAUCUUAACAGUGAAUACCGGGAGAAACGCAAAGAUGCCAUCAAGAGAACAAUAGCGUCCAUGACAGUGGGCAAGGACGUCAGUGGCCUCUUCCCGGACGUCCUCAAGAACAUGCAGACCGACGACCUUGAGCAGAAGAAACUCGUCUAUCUCUAUCUCAUGAACUACGCAAAAACGCAGCCAGAGCUCGUUAUUCUCGCCGUGAAUACCUUCGUCAAGGACACUGAUGAUCCAAAUCCCCUGGUCCGUGCACUUGCGAUCCGUACGAUGGGUGUUCUACGGGCGGAGAAGAUCAUCGAUUACCUUUGUGACCCUCUCCAGAAAUGCUUGCGCGACGAGAAUCCAUACGUACGCAAAACAGCUGCGCUGUGCGUUGCAAAGCUGUAUGAUCUGAAGCCGGAAUUGGUGAUUGAGAAUGGGUUUCUGGAACAGUUGCAUGAGAUGAUAGCUGACAGUAAUCCAAUGGUAGUAGCCAACACCGUUGCUGCCUUGACAGACAUUCAUAUAGCCGCUUCUGCACAACCAUCGACCUCUUCAUCCGAUCCGGGAAUCUUCAUAAUAUCCGCCGCUAUCCUCAGCAAACUCUUGAUAGCUUUGAAUGAAUGCUCUGAAUGGGGUCGGGUGGCAAUUUUGAACGCAUUGGCUCGAUAUGAGGCCCAAGACGAGAAAGAAAGCGAGCAUAUAUGCGAGCGUGUCGUUCCGCAGUUCCAACACGUCAAUGGAGCUGUCGUGUUGGCUGCUGUGAAGGUCAUCAUGAUUCAUAUGCGUGGCGUCCGACGAGGGGACCUUAUCAAACAACUAGUCCGCAAAAUGGCACCUCCGCUGGUGACACUCCUUUCCUCUCCGCCAGAAGUGCAGUGGGUCGCGCUUCGAAACAUCAAUCUCCUUCUUCAAAAGCGGCCGGAUAUUCUGCAGAACGAAAUGCGGGUUUUUUUCUGCAAAUACAAUGAUCCUUUGUAUGUGAAGGUUGAGAAAUUGGAGAUCAUGGUGCGGUUGGCAGGCGAGAAUAAUGUCGAUGCGCUUUUAAGCGAGCUGAAAGAAUAUUCAUCUGAGGUUGAUGUAGACUUUGUUCGCAAAAGUAUAAAAGCAAUUGGACAGACAGCCGUCAAGAUCGAUGCCGCAGCAGAACGAUGUGUGAAUGUAUUGCUUGAGCUGAUUGGAACACGCGUCAGUUAUGUGGUGCAAGAAGCAGUUGUGGUCAUGAAGGACAUUUUCCGGAAAUAUCCGUCGACAUAUGAAGGCAUUAUACCGACUCUCUGCGCAAAUCUUGAUGAAUUAGAUGAGCCAGAAGCCAAGGCGUCUUUGAUUUGGAUCAUCGGGGAAUAUGCUAACAAGAUCGAUAAUGCAGACGAACUGCUAGGCAUAUUUGUGGACGCGUUUACUGAGGAAUCAUAUCCCGUCCAACUGCAGACUUUGACCGCGGUCGUGAAACUCUUCCUGAAGAAACCAGACUCGUCGCAAGGCAUCGUCCAACGGAUUUUAAACACGGCGACUAAAGACUGUGAUUCUCCGGAUGUGCGGGAUCGCGCGUAUAUCUAUUGGAGAUUACUGUCUACUGACCCAGGCGCUGCCAAAGCCGUUGUUUUGACCCCCCGACCCCCUAUUUCAAUACCAAGGACUACCGUUACACCAGCACUGCUGGAAGAACUGCUUGGAGAGGUGUCAAGCCUCGCCAGUGUGUAUCAUAAACCUGAAGAGACGUUUGUCGGUAGGGGUAGAGUCGGAGCCGACUCGGUCCAGAAAAAAGGUGUCGACAGUGGGUCCGACGAUCGGUUCUCUACACAGAAAGCUCUGCAGACCGUGGCAGCUGGACAACAGGCAGAGAACUUGCUCGACUUCGACGAUGUGCCCGCAACGAAUGGUCAGCCCUCUGGCUUGGCUGCAACGCAAGUGCUCUCACAGACUCCGGCGGCGGCGAAUCUUUUGGCAGGCACAUCGAGCAAUCCACUGGACGACCUUGUGUCUAUUUUUGGAAGCGGAUCCAAUGCAUCACUAGCAUCUGCGGGAACGCCUCAAAACACGUUUGGAUUGGGCGGUCUCUCACUUGGAGGUGGAGAUAGCCUGGGAGCCUUCGGAUCAUCGCCACCGAUCAUGACACCAUCUGCCCCCUCACCCCCUCAGCAACCGCAGCAGCACAGUCAGCCACAGGACGAUCUACUCGGGCUGUUCUAAUGCGGCA